UCCCGAGGCGGGGACUGAGGCGCGGGCCGCCCCUCCAACAUGGCGGCGGCCGAGCAGCAGCCGCCGGCGGCCGAUGGCGGCAAGGCGCUGAGCGCGCUGCUGGGCGGCAUCGCGCAGGCCGCCUACUACGGCAAGGCCGACAUCACGGAGGAGCUGCUGCGCGGGCAGCUCUACCCCGAGGCGGCGCCGGAGGAGUUCCGCGCCCUGCGCGCCAAGAUGGGCGGCCUGCUGCAGUCAAUUGCUUCAGCUGAUAUGGAUUUGAAUCAGCUGGAAGCUUUUCUCACUGCCCAAACAAAAAAGCAAGGCGGCAUCACGUCGGAUCAAGCUGCGGUCAUUGCCAAAUUUUGGAAAAACCACCGAGUGAGGAUCCAUGAGAGCCUGGUAAAUCAAAGCCGCUGGGAUAACGUCUUGAAAAACAUGAACUGGAGAGUGGAUCUGAAGUCACAGUCAAGACAUGUUGAUCAGAUAAAUACUCCAGUUGCAAUAGUUGAAAUGGAACUGGGGAAAAACGGUCAGUGGUAAACAUAAUUCACAGUACAAGCAUUGUUAAUGCCAAGCGCCUGCCCAGCAUCCUGUUGACACUUGAUGGUAUUUUUGAGAGAGAUGAAGGUUGGGUCAGCAGAGCGGAUGGAACAUCACUUCUUGUGCUGAAACCAAGUAUGUUCAAAUCUGUUUUGCUUAAUAUUGUGAAGACUCAUUUUGUCUCUCGUUUCGUUCUCCCCUGUUCAAAUGCAUCUUUAUUUCUCAGGCUUACUGUAUAGACUUAGCAGGUGCUAAUUAGAGACAGGCCAGGUGGAAAGCAGUAAGUCAGCUGCUGGAGAAGAUAUUUGGUCUUUUUGGAUCAAAGCAGAGUGCUCUGUGUGUGCAGUUUAUCCUUCUGGAUAAGCAAGACUUGUCACGUGUUUCCAGGGAGGACGUGUGUUUGAAUAUUGAAGUGAUAGUGUAAAAACCCCAACAGAAAAUGUGUGUUUUCUACAAUUAUGGCUAUCUGACAUCAUUAAAAUGUCGUACACGGGGCGAUGCGCUGCGUAGUUAGAUAUGUGUGCUCAUGGGAGGAAAAUGUUAUACUCUGCAAAGCUGAUAAAGUCUGUGUACACUUUGUUUCAUAUGCAGGCACUUAUUUGCAUGAGGAUUUGGCAGUAGCAGGGCGUCCUGGCUUUUCCUGCUCUUCAUUUUGCCUCAUCUACUUUCUCACCUCUGAAUCUUUCACACCCUUGCAGUGCACUGGCUACUCCUGUAACUCAGCUGCUCACAAACAGACACGCCAGCUGGCAUUCAGACUUUCAUCAUUUUUGAAAGCCUGCAUUUAAGCAGUCAGUAGCUGGUCCCUUUUGGAGGCUGUGCCCCUGCCAGCUUGGUGCACAGGCAGCAACUUGCUGCAUGUAGGUGUGCUAGGAGCCAGUCAGCAGCUGCUGGCACCCAGGGAGAUUUCCAGGGUGGAGAAGGCUCCAGAGAUAGCCAGGGAGCUUCCUGCAGGACUAGAAAUCAAGUAAUUUCAAUGGAAAUCCAAGCCAUUCGAAAGAAAGGCAGAGAUUUAUUUUACUCAUGUGAUUAGCUGCGUUCCUGUUGAUUUAUUUUUGUUUCAUAGAUCAGUCCCAUGUGCCUUGAUUGUGAGCAGCCAGCCUCAAUAUGCAGAUACAGUUGUGGGGUGUAUUUGUGAAUCAUAGAAUGGCUUGGGUUGGAAGGGGCUGUAACUGUCAUCUAGUUCCAACCCAAUCUGCCAAAGGUUCUAUUUCUCUUCUAGCAUAUUUCAUAUUUUUUCUUGUUGCAGGUUGCUUGAACCUAGGAAAUGUUGUAUAUAAAAGGUGGGAAGUACAAAUUGCUCAUGACUUCCAUCACCCUAGAACUGUUUUGUCCCUGUGGACUUUGAAGCCAGCAGUCUUCAUGAGGUUUUCGGGGUGCUAAAGGAAAUAGCGAUAUUUCUUCGCCAGUUUGCAGGAUCUCUUCUCUUGCAGGAAGAAAUGUUUUUCUUUGGGCACUUGUUUUCUUCCAGGCAAAGAAUCAGAAUCCAAAAGCAAGCCUCAGAGCUUGUCUUGUCUGAAACUCCUACAGAUUCCUGGGUUGCUGUCACUGCAGCAGCACUGCAGUCAGGUACCAUGGUGAUCUUAAACACUGCCACAUCACCUGCAUGUGCUUGUCAAAUACUUUCUGCUACAUUGCUUUGAUGAUUAAACAACAAACAUGUAUAAUUCCAACUGCAAUGUCACGCUACUUACCUUAUAAGAAAUCCAUCUUUAAUGGUUUGCUUACUGCUUGUCAACAUCUUUUUGUCAUUUUUUUACUGCUUUAGCUUAAAGGAGAACAACUUGUGACACGUGUAGGAAUCUGCCUGUGUGAAAGCAUUCUCACUGAGAUACCAGUGGGCCCUUCUUUUAGGAAUUUGUUUCAACAGCACACUGGUAAGGAACUCUCCUACUUCUACUUUGAAAGUAGAGAUAGUAAAUGGCACAGUAUUGUCCCAACUUCACUAUUUUCUUAGUUGUUCAGGAAGCAAUUUCUGAUGGUCUUGUUCUGAAAACCAAAACAGUAUUUCCUAAAAAAACAGCAAAAUAUGUUGUGUUUGGACCUUAAGGCCAUGACAAUAGCAGCAAAACUGCUUCAGAAUUGGGUUUAAACUUUGCUGUGGGCAGCAGGGGCUUCCUAAUAGCAGCACCACAGCUGAAUGAGGGUUCAGUCCUCUUUCCCCUCUCUGCAUCUUUCCCAGAAAGCCAUUGCUUCAUAAGGAGAAUUUUCUGCCAGAUACUGGGCAAAAAAGUCCUCAGUGAUUCCUGGAGGCUCUGGAGCCGGAGCUGGGGGAGGCUUGCUUGUGUUUGUGGAGAAUUUUUUGGAAAGGGGAAAAGGCCUCUGUCUGGCUGCCUUGUGUGGCUCGGGGAGCUCUGCUGGAAGUUUGCUGUUUGCUGGCUGUGAUGGCCCUGGGUCAGCAACCACAUGGGGUGGGUGGCCCUCAUGGAACCAGCAGUCCUGUCAUGACUUCCUCCUGAUCACAGAAUCACAGAAUCACAGAACUGUAGGGGUUGGAAGGGACCUCCAGAGAUCAUCGAGUCCAACCCCCCUGCCAAAGCAGGUUCCCCACAGUAGGUCGCACAGGUAGGCAUCCAGGCAGGUCUCGAACAUCUCCAGAGAAGGAGACUCCACCACCUCCCUGGGCAGCCUGUUCCAGUGCUCCGUCACCCUCACUGUAAAGAAGUUCUUGAGCACAUUUGUGCAGAACUUCCUAUGCUGCAGUUUCCAGCCGUUUCCCCUUGUCCUGUCUCCACUCACCACUGAAAAGAGUCCGGCCUCGCCAUUCUGCCCCCCACACCUCAGAUAUUUAUAGACCUGGAUCAGGUCCCCUCUCAGUCUCCUUUUCUCAAGGCUGAACAGACCCAGUUCACUCAGCCUUUCCUCAUAGGGGAGAUGCUCCAGGCCCUUCACCAUCUUUGUGGCCCUCCGCUGGACUCUUUCCAAGAGAUCCCUGUCUUUUUUGUACUGGGGAGCCCAGAACUGGACGCAGUACUCCAGAUGAGGCCUUACCAGGGCAGAGUAGAGGGGGAGGAUCACCUCCUUUGACCUGCUGGCCACGCUCUUUUCUGAUCUGAAACACACGUUGAUUUCAGCAAUCACAAUAAGCUAAAAAUUUAUUUGGAGGCUGUUAAGUUUGGUAAACUCAAUUAACAACUUACUGAGAACAUUAACUGUAUGAGCAUACUGUAACACCGUAAUUAUUUUGCUUCUGUAUCACGGGUCAUAUAAGGGCUGAGAGGCAAGAAGCACUAUAAACUGAUGACAGACUAGGAAGUUUGGUUGGGGAGAAAAGGGAGAAACCACCAAAUAAAAUUCAGUUGAGUGGGAUAGCCUUCUCCUGGGAUGAUGCAAAGGACAUAAGCAUCAAAAUGCAGAAAAUCAGAUUCUUCUGUGUUUACAUAGCUUGUCAUGUUGGCCUGGCGAGGACUGGUUUUCAGUAUGUGAAGGAAAAAAGGGUCUUUUGAUUUGGAGCGAAGUUGCUUGUUUCUAAUCUCAGGAUUUAAGAUUUAAAAUAUUUUUUUAUUUUUUUUCCCCCACUCCUUCAAAAAGAAAGCCACAGGCAUGUCACCAUGGGUUUGAGGAAGGUAAUUCUAUUGAAUUUCAACAGAAAAGACUCUCUUUCAUCAUGGCUUUAUAAGGAGCUUGAAAGAGGGAAGCUAAGUCAUAUUGGCAAUAAUUAGACUUCCAACUUAAGAGUGAUCUAAAAAAAAAAAAUCAGCUGCUGCAGAUACGUGGAACUGAUUGAACAUAGCAAGACAUGAAAGACAUGGAGUGCUGUGCCUUUAGUGUUCCUCAGUGGCAGUGUGUGGGGUCACAAGCUUGUUCCAGGGCUGAUGUCACGCCAGGGCCAUGGGAGGAAGGCCUCUGCAUUGCAUUCAGUGACACAAUGGUGCUAAACGCAACACGAGGAAUGGAGCAUGCCAGAUAUCAAGUGGUGGAAUGGGUGCCAGCUUCAUGGCAGGAUAGUCUCACAUUGAGUGAUACGGAGGUGUUUGCAGCCAUUCCCAUCCACCCCUCCUGCGCCAGAACAUGCAGCACUUGCCUGGGCCAGGUUUCAGUUAAAGCUCUGUCUGUAAGCCUGUCUUCGCUCUGCCUCGCAGUGCUCCAGCUGAUAAAUGUCAAGUCCAUGGUGCUGCUGGCUUGUGUUUCACGAAGGGUGUAGCUGCAUUCUGGCAAUAUCAGUUGAGCAAAGAGCUGUUUCUGUAAUAGAAAUUUUGAAAACGUUGCACUGAUGUGUUUGCUUUCAAGAGGACUUUCAUUCUCACUUCUCUGUGUGAUGCUUGAUCUUCCCCAGGCUGGUCUCACCACACCGCAUGUCUCUUUCCUGCUGCCAAAGACUUGCACUAUUGUCUGAAAAUGUGACUCUCAGUGAAUCAAAUGGAGAUGCUUGGAUUUUUAUUUGUUUCCCUCAGCUGAAGGAUGGGAUUUGUUCAUUUUUCUCCACGUUUUGAGCUUGGUGCAUGGCACAGAGAGCACUUCCUUGGCACUGCUAACACGCACCUGUAUGUCCUUGGAGAUGGCCGCUGGUUAUCCCCUCCUGUCCCAUCUCCCCCCAGGCACACCAGUACUCAUGUUUCCUAUGGCAGCAUUUCUGCACUGCUUCUCAGAGGGUCACGCUGUGUAUGUCGUCUGUUUGCUAGCAGUAGCAAGAGGCUUGAAAAAAAGGCUGUGCUUUGAAAGGAGCUUUUAGUGAGGUGUUUCUUUGUGUUCUCUCACUGAUGCUGCAGGAGCUGUGCCUGUAACAUCAUCCUUAAAUAAUGGCAGGGUGUUUGCCCAUUGUUGCCCCUGCUGCUGGAGGAGCCUCGUCUCUUUCCAUCAGUGUGCCUUUUACAUUUGACUGCUCGGAAAGGUUUUAGAACAAGAUGGAAAUUCACAAUGAGUGCAAUUUUGUGAUAAAGGUUGCACAUUUAUAGUAAUACAAAUAAUGGAAAAAUACUCUUCUGUUUAUCGAAGGGGAAAAGAAUAGAGCUGGCUGAAGAAUUUGUCCCUCUAACGUUAUAAAAGAAACAAAAUCUUCACACAAAAGCCAACCCCUACUUGCCAACAAAAUAUUGCUGUACGUCUCCAAGUAGUUUUCUAAACUUGCAACCAAGGAUGUGAACACUUCUGCGAAAACAAUUAAGGCUCUUUAAUUUUUUUUGCAUCUCUUUAUUUCUUCUGCAUGAAGUGUUAUGUCUCUAUUUACCUUGAGUACUUAUCUUUGUCUUAAAGCAUGGAAUAAUUUAUAUUGAAUACAGCAUCAAGAUUUUAACAGCGAAUGCUUGUUACAGUAACUUGACCUGCGUUGUCAUGCUAUGCAUGUAUUUGCAUUGCCAAAAAAAACCCCAAACCUACCGGAAAAAGGCGGUGAGGUAAUGGGGGAUUGCUGAGCAGCACGGCCCUGUGUGGUGAGCAAAGCAAAUUCUUGGCAUUUGGCACUGGGACAGCGGGGAAUUACAGCCUGCUGGUGGGAUUGAUGCUGGCUAUGGCUUAAAGCUUUGCUUUUUGUCUCUGCUCUUCCCAGCACGCCCAAAGCUUUGCUUUCUGUAGUGUGUCUGAAGGACAACUGGCAAGUAAGGUUACAUUCUUUCAGGACAAGUUCAUUGUAUUUGACCUGGAAAAAAGAAAGUCUCUGCUUAUCUCCAAAGUUUUAAAUAAAAUGCUUUAAAUAAAAGCUGAAGGAAAACAAUAAAGGAGGCAGUGCUAUUUCUGUCAUUUCAUGUUCUGCCUACUGUCACACGUGCUGUAAUUUGUUGUUUCUCAUGCAGUUGAAGAACAUUAGCUUAAUGCUCAGGGCAAAGCGUUCUACAAGGUGAUUUUGUGUAUGUAUUCACUGCGAAUAUAUGGCUGUGCACAUGUGCAUAAAGCCUGGGAGGAGGAAUAAGUGCUUUCCCCAGUCCUGGCCAUGUAUGUGGCUGUGGGUCAGACACCCACCUCUUCUCUGCUUUCUUUAUAGCAAGGGAAGAGGCGUUUUCCUGCAGAGCUUGGCCACUCUCCUGCUGUUCCAUCUUGAGGUGCCUCAUGAAGGAAGAGCAGCAGUGAAGAGGAUCUGGUGGAGAGCUGGAACAGUGCCUAUUUUCUUUGUGGUAUUUAAAUUUACUGCCUUUUGGCUUUGCCACCCCAAAAACAUAGGCCUAAUCUCUGAAACCUAGCUUGCCUUACGGUGACCUGCAUAAAUCAAGAAUUCGUCUUGCUCACAAGGAAAGGAAAGGGCCUUCUAUUGUGUUCUUGGCUCUGAACUGAAGUCCUUGUUCCAGUGCUUGAUUAUAAAGUCGCAUCACCCAAGAAAAGCAUUUUUGUCUAGCACAGAGCAGGAAAGGCUCAACCCUGGCAAGCAGCACAGCCUUGCCAGCCGGGCAGCAGCUGGGCACACUUGGUGCUCAGUGUGUGCCUUCAGGGUUAGAGAGUGGUGUCUGAUAGGGGCAAUUCCCAGCAUCGUCUUGCCAACUCAGCUGUCACAGACAGUACUGAUGUAUGUGGUUGGUUUACAGAUUGCUUCUUGGAAAAUGUUUUGGAGCUGGGUGUAUUUGUGGAGGGAGAGAGCUUGUUUUACCAGUUCUUCCUUUGCUCUUGGAUAACUAGUGCUGUUCGUGGAGUUAGUGGUUGCAGGCAGUGUUGGGGAGUCUUCCUUAGUCCAGGGUUGCACAGAGAUGCAGUGAGAUUUGCACAGCUCCUGGUUACACAAAGGUGGAAGUUACCUUCUCAUUCAUUGGAGUUCACACCAGCACUAAAUAAUAUCCCUAAACCUUCCAGGUUUUACUAAAACUUCACCUAGACACAGCAGUGCUCUAAAAUGGUUUGAAAAGGACCACAAUGAUCACCUAGUUUCAAUUCCCUGCUAUGUGCAGGGUCGCCAGCCACCAGACCAGGCUGCCCAGAGCCACAUCCAGCCUGGCCUUGAAUGCCUUCAGGGAUGGGGCAUCCGCAGCCUCCUUGGGCAGAAGUUGGGUCAGAAGUGAGGAGACCCAGAGCUCCACUGUGAGAAAUCUCGUGAGUUUUGUCUUCAGCAAGUGGGAGAUGGAGCCCCAGGAGGUGAGCUGUAGCAACAGCACUGGAUGUGUUGUGUUGUCCCAUUGCAGCUGCGUACCCCUCCUGCUAUUACCCUGAGAAGUUGUGGAUGCUGCAACCUCUGGUCUCUUCACUUAGAAAUCUUUAAGAAGACUUCCAUCUCUGUCCUUCAGUGGUGUUCUUUCUUCUGGUUCUGCUGGGUUGACAUCUCUCCUGUAUGUUCUUGCACUGCUGCUUAAUGUUCAAAGAUGCCGUGUGUUUUAAAGUUGUGUUUUCUUUCUGUCCUGGGGUGGUUGCUCCUGUGUAUUAUAAACAACAGAAGAGCAACUGGAGGUCAGAUAGACUUUCUCAUACCCCAUCCAGUCAUUUGUGUAUGUUUAGGUUUUCAUUCUUGUGUUGAGAAAGUGAAAUUUUGGACAUAUCUCCUUCAAAAAAUGCAUCUGACAACUGUUUGGGAAAGUUUGUGUCACAGAAGUUAGUGGCAGCAUUAAAAAUAAAGAUUACAAAUUAUUUUUAGCUUUUGAUGUUUCUUCCAAGUCCUGGACAGCUUGCCCAGUGACAGCACAGCCCUGGGCUCUCAGCAUCACACUGGUUUCAGUCCUGUGUGUGGGGGCUGCACUCCCCAGACAGACCCUGUGGGCAGCAAGCAUCCCUGAUGCCCAGUCUGAUGGGAUACGUGUCACAGGGUGAUGGGCUUUGCUUAGGAGCGGGUUGAAACACAUUUGGAGAACCUUCCAGUGCUUUCCAGUGAAUUUGGUUUCUUGUGGCAUCCCAGCUACAAUUCUGGAUGUCUCAGAAAUUCUUCCUCAUUUGCAUUAUUCUCUUAGAAGCAUGCUAUCAGUCAGAUGAGCUUCAUUUUUAUUUGCCUUCAAUGAACAGCUUGAAAAGAGCAUUAAUCUUAUCUCUUCUUAUAGCCAAAGAGAUUCAAGGUGCUAAAUGACUCUGACCACUGGCUUCAGCAGAGCUUUGUUGGAGUUGCUGGCUUGGUUGUAUCCUCCAGCACAUACACUGAGUGUGCUCACUGCUGCUGGGCCUUGGUACCUGCAUGGCUCUGUGUGAGCUUGACUGGGUGCAACACAAACCAGUACUGCAGUUGCAGGUUGCUUCUGUGAACAGAGAGCACUUGCAGCUAAGUAGCCUACGUAUAGUUUGGAUCCUGCAAAAGCUGUAUUUUAUGAAAUCAUCAACCUUUUAAAGAGAAAAUUAUGACUUUGGCAUUCACACAUUUUUUUAUAUGCUUGGAAUGAAAGUAACUAUUUCUAAGAACUUGCUUUAUUACUAUAGAGAGAAACCUACAGAAUGCAGAAGACUUUAAUGAUUACAGUUACUCAGGAAAUUUGAAAUUCAUUACAAAGGUAGAAAAAUAUUCCAGUGGUCUGUGCUGAUUUUGUUACUAAGCUUUGCAGCAACAAUAUUUUUUUAUCCCUUCAAGUGAUACUUAAAAUUGUUUGUGAGUAUCCUCUGUCUUUAAGGAGAGAGACACUGGUGUGCUCAGUGUUUAUCCAGCUGCCUUCCCACUGCUCCCGUGAGUUCUUAAACCAUAUGCAAAUAGCCACUUACACUUCAUUUUACAUCAUUUUAAUUGCAAGUGUUUCUUCUUUCUCUGUAAUUCUCUGCCUUCAGGUAUUGGCUGUUCUCCCAGUUUUCAGGCUUUUUCUGGAGAGGUUGAAUGACUCGUCCCUCGCUUGCAGAGAUGAAUUAAAAACACUGCAAUAAAUUCAUGUUAAGAAUCUUCUGUUAACAAUUUCUAUUUCUGACUGUGUAGUAGGUGGAAACUCAUUGUGUACACAAAGAGUAUUUCUCAGUGGUGUCGUCCAAUAAAAGCAGUAGCUUUGGGGCCAAAAUAAGCAAGCCUUGGAACUUGGAGGUGAAGUUUUGUCAACAAAUGAGCUGUUUUAAAAUAGUGCAGCAGAUGGACACAGUAGGCUGGCAAUCUGCAAAUUGAGGUUGAUUUCCAGGAUUUUGAGGGUUGGGAUAUCUAUUCUGGGUGAGAUGCUCAAAUCCCACCGUGACACUGGCCCUGCAGGAGUAAUACACUUUCAACAAAGGUUCCCAUGGCAUAUUUGGUGUUAAUAGAGCAUCAGAUUUUAUUGCCAGGAAAUAUCCUGGUGGUAGCAGAGGGAGUCUUUGAAACAUGGAAAUUCAUGUGAACACUGAACAAUACUCAGGAUAAAUUCAGGUUGUUCAAGUGUGGAUGUUUCCAUGAGAAGCCU